AGGCUAUCCCUCAACGGCUGACGGUGGCUCACUUCACGCAUACCACUCAAGACUUCUGUACAGUAUAAAAUAGAAGAUCAAAAGGAGGUGGGAAAAAAAGGAGUAUGAGAGUGAAAUGAAAAUAGAAGAGACAUAGUUGGAAGGAAUCAAAGGUUGGAAUCUUUUCUGAAAAAGUUUGGUAAGGCCAGGCAUUUGAACACGGUCAACUGCGGUGAACCAGGCACAUGGAGGACAGCUGACUCCACAGAACCAGGGUCUUGGGUGCUGCAAUGGAACAAAUAUGGUUGCUGCUGCUUCUAACAAUUAGAGUGCUUCCGGUGUCUGCUCAGUUCAAUGGUUACAACUGUGAUGCCAACCUCCACAGUAGAUUUCCUGCUGAAAGAGACAUCAAUGUCUACUGUGGAGUGCAGACUAUCACGAUGAAGAUUAAUUUUUGCACAGUACUUUUCUCGGGGUAUUCUGAAACGGAUCUGGCACUGAAUGGAAGGCAUGGGGAUUCCCACUGCCGGGGGUUCGUCAACAACAACACCUUUCCAGCAGUGGUCAUUUUCAUCAUCAAUCUCAGCACCUUGGAGGGCUGUGGAAACAACUUAGUGGUGUCCACAAUUCCUGGUGUCAGUGCUUAUGGAAAUGCAACUUCAGUACAAAUAGGAAAUAUUUCAGGAUAUAUUGAUACUCCAGACCCACCAACAAUCAUCAGCUACCUACCUGGACUUCUUUACAAAUUUAGCUGUAGCUAUCCACUGGAAUACCUGGUUAAUAAUACCCAGCUUGCUUCGUCCUCAGCUGCUAUUUCUGUGAGAGAGAACAAUGGAACAUUUGUCAGCACUUUGAACCUGCUCCUUUAUAACGAUUCAACCUACAGUCAGCAAUUAAUUAUCCCAAGUAUAGGAUUACCUUUGAAAACCAAAGUAUUUGCAGCUGUUCAAGCCACUAAUCUGGAUGGAAGAUGGAAUGUCUUAAUGGAUUAUUGCUAUACAACCCCAUCAGGGAAUCCAAACGAUGACAUUCGGUAUGACCUCUUCCUUAGCUGUGACAAAGAUCCUCAGACCACCGUCAUUGAAAAUGGCAGAAGCCAGCGUGGCCGGUUUUCCUUCGAGGUGUUCCGAUUUGUGAAACACAAGAAUCAGAAAAUGUCCACUGUCUUCCUGCACUGCGUUACCAAGCUCUGCAGAGCCGAUGACUGCCCCUUUCUUAUGCCAAUUUGUGGCCACAGAGAAAGAAGAGAUGCUGAGAGGAAGACAACCUGGAGCCCCCAGAGCACUUCAGGCAACGCAGUCCUCUCCGCUGGUCCCAUCAUUACCCGGAGUGAUGAGACUCCAAUCAACAAUUCACAGCUUGGCUCCCGAGAUGUGCCUCCCUUCCAGCUGAACACCGUCACCAGUGCGCUGAUAUCAGGAAUCGUCAUUCUGGGAGUCAUGAGUUUUUCCCUUCUUCUGUGCUCACUGACCCUUCUACACAGAAAGGGACCCACCAGUUUGGUGUUGAAUGGCAUAAGAAACCCAGUCUUUGAGUAAACAUGACAGGUGCAACUCUGGGAAAGCUUCACUGACUAUGGUGUGUGUCUGCAGUCAGUGUUCUUCUGAGUUGAAUGACACCCAGCACUUGAUAUUUGUAGAUGUGAUAGAUUACAUAGUGUAGCUUACCAGCAUGAUGAUAGUGAAAUAAUUUUUAUUAUAUUUCUAUUGUCACUUAUAAACAUGGUCAACCCUAUUUUUAUGGCACCAAUGGACAUAAUGACAAUAAUUUUUAAAUAUGCAAAACUUAAAUCUCACAGUAUCAGUCAUAUUUCAUUUCAUUUCAAUUUUAUUUUGGUUGUUGCUUUAAGAAUGAAAGGUAGGUAUAGAAAAAAAUAAAAUAUAUUCCAUUUUUCCCUCUACACAUUAAAGCCCAAUGCAAUGAUAUUAGAUUUGCAUAUUUGAUCCUAAAAAUGACAGGUUUUUUUGUUUUAUUUCACAUAAUUCCAGCUUUCGGGUAUAUAUUAAUUGGACUGUCCAAUUUGGAUGCCUGAGAUUUAACUAUUCACUUUAUGACCUCCUGUGUUUGGGGCUGAUUUUCAUGUCUGUCAACGUUCACUAAAAAAUAAUACAAAUGAAAAAACCAAACUCUUGGGAAAUAAAUGUAUUUUAACCUGGGACAUUCAUUUGUGUAGAAAAUAAUGAAAAUAACUUCCAAAGGAUACUAAGUGAUCAUAUUAACUUGGAAAGGAAUAGGUUAUAAUGAGUUUUCUCUCUUGAUUCAUGUGAGACCAUCAGCACCAGUUAACUCUCUUCACAGGUAAACAAUUCAGCUGUUGCAGCUGUGUUUAGAGCAGUCAGCAACCUUGCAAAGGUUAUUCUUUUUGCAUUUUGUUUUGUUUUCUUGUUUGCAAUUCUGUGGACUGUGUGCAGGGCCUUGCACAUACUUGGCAACUGCUCUACCACUGAGCUGCACCCUCAGCCCUGCAAAUGUUAUUCUUAAUUUAAAAAUCAUUACAUAAGUAAAUAAAUCAUGUUUGUGGGAAGAGGACAUUGUCACCACCACAUAUGCUUGGAGUUCCUAUAAGGGUUUCUAACUAGCCAUAUUCCUUCCCCGCCCCUAGAAACAAAUAGAAAAUUUACAUUAAGUGUACUUUACAAAAAUUUAUUACAGUCUAUGUGGGAAAAAAAAGUGA